AAACAAUCUUCACCACACCAUACCAUCAUACCGGACUUUAGCUUUCGUAUGCUCUACUACGUAGACAGCAUAAUAUACUCUGAGUCAACACAGUCCACUACGGACUGCCCGACCAGUCACAUACUCUCACUGCACGGGCGUGUCUUGAAAUUAGUCGAAUCAACUUCCCUUGUCUACCAAAUCCUGGGUAUAACACCUAUGCUAGCGCGCAUGUAUCAUGGCGGACUAUAGUAAAUGCACUGUAGCAGAGCUCAGGCAGGUGCUCAAAGCGCGAAACAUACCUCCCACAGGCCUGAAGCUGAAGCAUCAAAUUGUUGAGGCGUUGGAGCAGUGGGAUCGCCAAAACGCAGAGUCCGACAAUUCGCAAGCGUCACAACAAGCCCUACCAUUAGAGAUCAACAAAGAGGAGUCGCCUGAAACCUUACAUAGCGAUCCAAGUCCUGCUGAAACGGCAGAAGCACCGACUACGGACAAGGAGGAUCCUGUGGAGACUACCCAGUCAAAGUUAAAUACACCAUCGAUUGAUGUUGCCAUAAUCGACCCGCGUGUCUCAACCUCUGCCCCCUCUUUACCACAUACACCCGUGGUCACGUCUAAGGAAUCUCCGUUAGAACAAGACGUAGCCGAAAAUGCAGUCGACAGGGCGACGCAGCCCUCAGUAGCUCCAACGCUUUCGAGACUCAACACAGAAGAACUCGCAGAGGAGACUCGCAAGCGGAAGAGACGAAGUGCGACGCCUCCGAUUGGAACAGCAGAGGCGACAAAGAAGAAACAAAGGAUCGAUGAAGAGCUAGGCGGGGCUGUUCAUUUGAAAGAGGACAGUGAUGUCGACGUAGUAGACGCUAGAAAGACCCAAGUGCUAAACGCCUUGAACUCUGAGGCCUCAGCUCGACCCGAGCCGGUGAACGACGAAGGAGUCAGUACCCAGGAACCCGCUAUAAGCGCGGCAUCAUAUAACAGCGACGCUGACAUGGACAUGGAUGCAUCGGAAGUUGAGGAGGAGACUGCAGGUGGCACUUCAAUUGAGAAACCCUUGUCACAGGCGGGAGAUACUGCCUCCUCGGAGCCUUUGAAAGAUGAACCAAAUCCGAAAGAAAUUUCAGCAGAGAGCAACAGAGCAACUGCAUCUCCCACGAAAGUCAUUCCUAAUAAUGCUCGCUACAAGACUUUGUUCUCAACAAAAUCUGUUGAGGCGGCGGAUAGGAAGACCACCGUCAAUACACAAUCGCGAGAAGUCACACGCGCGCUCCACCCAGCAAGCACUGCCAUUUAUAUUCGAAAUUUCACGCGUCCUCUCCAACCUCAAGUGCUACGUAGUCACCUCAUAGCGCUUGCUACACCUCCUGGGUCAUCCCCAAAUAGCACUCUACUCCAGGCCUUCUACCUCGAUCCAAUCCGGACGCACGCCUUCGCCAUCUUUACAUCCAUGAACGCUGCAUCUCGGGUCAGAGCUGCAUUGCAUGAAAUCGUUUGGCCGGCAGAGAAGACUCGCAAGCCCCUUUUCGUAGACUUCGUACCCGAGGAAGCUGUCGAAAACUGGAUCGAAACUGAGGAAAUCGCAGCCAGGGAACACGGCCGUAUGGCCCGUCGCUGGGAGGUCACGUACCGCAAUGACAAAGCUUUUUUUGGUGAAGCCGGAACUUCUGGUGCGCCACUCCCCGGUCGCCGACUUAUGCAUCCGAAUGACUUCAACCCGCCGACCGGCCCUCGCAAUGACUAUGAGCAGAGGCGACCGAGUGACUUCGAAUCAGGACGGUCAAGCGACUACGAACCGCACCGCACAGGCGAAUACAGCGAAUCUACUAUCCAUCCUUCUCGUCGUGGUCUCGUACAAGAGCCAGGCCCGGCACGCGUGCCUCCGCCGCGCGUUGAGAACCCUGCCACUCAAAGGCCGUUCCAGACAUUGGACCAAAUGUUUUCAAAAACAAAGGCAAAGCCGUUCUUAUACUUUCUGAGCGUCGAAGACAAGACGGCUUCGGCGCGUCUUGAGGAGAUUAGGCAUGACACGAGUCGAGACUGGGAUGGGCGGAUCAAAUCGGGUGAAGAGUUGCGGAAGCUUGUGUUUGAUGAAGAUGGCCGUAUAGUGGACAAUGGGCCGCUCUUUAAUGGUGGGGGAGGGAAGACGUGGGGUUUGGGUGGAAGAGGACGCGGGAGAUUAAGGGGCAGGGGUGGUUAAGAUAAAUGGACGGCUGUUCGAAAGUCGGUUUGAAAUGGCACGCAUUGCUGCCAUGACCUUCGCUGAAGGCUAUGUCUAUAGCGA